AUGGCCGGGGUCAAGUUCCCCAAGCUGGAAGUCAGGAGGGAAGGAGGCGUGCGAGGCAUGUAUGCGACCAAGAAGAUCGACAGAGGAGAAGUCAUUGUUUCCGUGCCCCCCUCCCUCCUCUUCUCCUAUGAGACGGCCGGAGGAGCGCUCAAAGACGUGUGGAAGAGGACGAAGGACAUGCAGGAGCUGGACCGCCUCACGCUCCUCCUCCUCUACUUCUCCUCCAAGGUCCGCUCGCGCUGGGACUUCUUCCUCUGCGGCAUCCCGGGGAUGAAUGAGCUCGGGCCAGCCGUGCUGUGGAGCCCCAAGAAGUUGAACGAGACGUGCGAGCGAGAGGAGUACUCCUCCCUCUGCUCCUUCGUUGAGAACAGGAGGAGUAUGUAUAAGAGGCUGUGGAGGACGGAAGUCGCGCCAUUGCCGCGCAAAUUUCCGCACAUCUUCUCGCAGCAAGACACAGGUUACUCCAACUACCUGUGGGCCAUCGCUGCUGUCCUGUCGAGGAUGUGGCUGAUGCGGAGAUUCGAGGAGCCCGAGUUUUAUCCAAAUGGCACGUGGAUCGGACCAGCAAAGUGGGUGAUGGCGCCAGUUGCUGAGCUGCUGAACCACAAGCCUCGUGCCGGACACAUCAGGUGGGGGAGUCAGCGUCGUCCGCACCUCGAGGUUGUGAGCGACGUGUCGUACCGCCCGGGAGAGCAAGUGUUCGUCUCCUAUGGGAACAAGUGCAACUUGGAGCUCCUUUUGGAGUAUGGUUUUGAAAUCCCGGGGAACCCAACCAAGUGCGCGGAUGAAAUUCGGGCAGGGAGAGGAGGAGGAGGGAUGCUGGGGAGGGCAAGCAUAGGAGGAGCAGCCAUGGGGAAACAGUACUGGCGAAGCGAGGAGAGGAGAGAGGGAGCGGAGAGGAGGGAGAUUGGGGGAGUGGAAUAUAUUGCGGGAUCACGGCUGGGUCCAGGGAGAUCAGGAAAUCGCACGGCAAGAGCACGGCAGCAAACAAGUAGGGCAAGCGCAGGAGGAGGAGCUGGCGGCGGAGCUUGGUCUCAGUUGAGGCUGGGGAGGAGGGUGGGAGUUGCAGAGGAGACCUUGAUCUGCGGCAACGGGUGA